GGCAUGGCUCCGCUCCUGCGGCUGCUGGCCGGCGCGGCCGCGCUGCUGCUCGCCGUGUCGCCGGCGUCAGCUGGGAGCUCCGCCGUGGACGUCGGCGUGAACUGGGGCUCGCAGAUGACGCACCCGCUGGUGCCCUCGUCGGUUGUGAAGAUGCUGAAGGACAACGGGAUCAUGAAGGUGAAGCUGUUUGACGCGGACUCCUGGCCCGUCGACGCGCUCCUCGACUCCGGCAUUGAGGUCAUGCUAGGCAUCCCCAACGACAUGCUGGAGACGAUGACCAGCUACGGCAGUGCCGAGGAUUGGGUCAAUGAGAACGUCACCAGUUACGGCGACAAGCUCAACCUCAAGUAUGUUGCUGUGGGGAACGAGCCGUUCCUCAAGGCUUACAACGGCACAUUCAUGAAAACCACCGUCCCGGCGCUCAAGAACAUCCAGAAGGCGCUCGACGAGGCCGGCGUCGGCGACAAGGUGAAGGCAACGGUCCCUCUGAACGCGGACGUGUACGUCUCCCCGGACGACAAGCCGUCCUCCGGCCAGUUCCGGCCCGAUAUCAACGACCUCAUGACCGACAUGGUCAAGUUCCUGCACGACCACGGGUCGCCCUUCGUCGUCAACAUCUACCCCUUCCUCAGCCUGUACCAGAGCGACAACUUCCCCUUCGAGUUCGCCUUCUUCGACGGCGGCCGCAGCAUCCAGGACAACGGCGGGGUCAGCUACUCCAACGUGUUCGACGCCAACUACGACACGCUCGUGAGCGCGCUGAAGAAGGCCGGUGUCCCCAACCUGAAGGUCGUCGUCGGCGAGGUGGGCUGGCCAACCGACGGCAACAAGAACGCCAACGGGAAACUCGCCAGGCGGUUCUACGACGGCCUCAUGAAGAAGCUGGCGAAGAACGAAGGUACCCACCUCCGGUCGGGCAAGAUGGACGUCUACCUGUUCGGGCUGUUCGACGAGGACAUGAAGAGCAUCGCGCCGGGGCCCUUCGAGCGGCACUGGGGGAUCCUGACCUACGACGGCAAGCCCAAGUUCCCCAUGGACCUCUCCGGGCAGGGGAACGACAAGCUGCUGGUGGGCGUGUCCGGCGUGGAGUACCUGCCCAAGCAGUGGUGCGUGUUCGACGACGAGGCCCAGGACAAGUCGAAGCUGCCGGGGAACAUCCAGUAUGCGUGCGCCAGCGGCGACUGCACGGCUCUCGGCUACGGGUGCUCCUGCAACGGGCUCGACGAGAACAGCAACAUCUCCUACGCCUUCAACAUGUACUUCCAGAUGCAGGACCAGGACGUGCGCGCCUGCGACUUCGACGGCCUCGCCAAGAUCAGCGACAAGAACGCCUCCACCAAGGGCUGCCUGUUCCCGGUCCAGAUCAUCAGCGCCGGCGGGAGAGCGGCGCCGGCGCUGGGGUGCGCACUGUUGCUAGCCUCGUUUGUGCAUAUUGUCGCGAUGAGUUUUGUCAUGUAG